UGCCACGGUAUAGAUAGAUACAGUAGCGUCACCAUGUUCGUGACCCGCAAACUCCAAGCGCUUAAGGCGACUCAACUGUCUCAAGGAUACAAGGCUUUCAGUGCGCUCGCUGGCCUUGACGCAAGCAAAACCAUCAUCCACCAGACCACGCACCCCAAGGCUAAAACCCCCAAGGAAAAGCUCACAUUUGGCUCGACGUUCUCGGACCAUUUGCUUGAAGUGGAUUGGGACAAGACCUCCGGCUGGGGCGCGCCGCUUAUUCGCCCGUACGGUCCCCUCGCGAUCGACCCUGCUGCCAGUUCGUUGCAUUAUGCGCUGCAGUGUUUCGAAGGCAUGAAGGCGUACAUUGACGACAAGGGCAAGAUUCGUCUAUUCCGUCCAGAAUUGAACAUGAAGCGCAUGAACAGCUCCAUGGAACGCCUCUUCCUCCCUACUUUCGAUUCCGAUGAGUUGAUCGAAUGCCUCAAGAAAUUGAUUCUCCUGGACCAGUCGUGGAUUCCCCAAGGCGAUGGGUACUCGCUGUACAUCCGCCCGACUGGCGUCAGCACCCACCCCUUUAUCGGCGUCGGAGCGUCCAGCAAGGCCAAGGUGUAUGUGAUCUUGUCUCCCGUGGGUCCUUACUACCCUGAGGGAUUCAACCCCGUGAAGCUGUUCGCCGACGACAAAUACGUCCGAGCGUGGCCUGGUGGCACGGGCAACACCAAAGUGGGCGGCAACUACGGCCCCACGAUCAUGCCUCAAAUGGAAGCGGCCAAGAAGGGCUACUCUCAAAUUUUGUGGUUGUUUGGCGAAGAGCACCUUGUCACUGAAGCCGGCACGAUGAACUUGUUUGUGUACUGGAUCAACGAACAAGGCGAGAAGGAGCUGGUCACGGCGCCGCUCACCCGCGGGGACAUUUUGCCGGGGGUGACGCGCCAGUCGAUUUUGGAGCUGGCUCGGGGCUGGGGCGAGUUCAAGGUCACGGAGACCACGAUCACGAUGCCGUCGAUUGUCAAGGCCGAGCAGGAAGGCCGCCUCCUUGAGGUUUUUGGGUCUGGCACGGCCGCCGUGAUUUCUCCCGUCAAGUUGAUCAACUACAACGGAAAGGACGUAAACGUGCCGUUGGAUGCGCCCGAUGGCAAGUCGGGCCAAUUGACCAAGCGCAUUUGGAACGAAAUGACCGACAUUCAGUAUGGCCGCGUGGAACACCCGUGGUCUGUUGUGAUCAAUUAAGACGCUUAACUGUAAUAGAAUGUGCCACAAUCGAUUACCUAGUAUUUGAUUUCUAGAAAUAUUAAAUAUAAUACUGCAAAUAG